GCCAUCCCUAGACGGCUUCAGAAACUUGCUUAACAUUUUAUACAAAAAUUACGUGUCUCGAGAGGAAUUUCGCAAGAUGGUCGACAAUCUACCGCCGCUAGAGCCCAGUCUUCUUAACCUUGUGGAGCAGGAGUCGCUGAAAUGGAUUUUUGUGGGUGGAAAAGGCGGUGUGGGCAAAACAACCUGCAGCUCGAGUCUUGCAGUGCAAUUGGCAAAAGUUCGUGAGUCGGUGCUUAUAAUUUCCACAGAUCCGGCACAUAACAUAUCAGAUGCGUUUGAUCAAAAGUUCACCAAGGUGCCAACAAAGGUCAAUGGUUUUGAUAAUCUGUAUGCCAUGGAGAUAGAUCCAAACGCAGGACUCAGCGAGCUGCCCGAGGAAUAUUUCGAUGGCGAGAACGAAGCCUUGAGGGUCAGCAAGGGUGUCAUGCAGGAGAUGAUCAAUGCUCUGCCCGGAAUUGAUGAGGCGAUGAGUUAUGCAGAGGUGAUGAAGCUGGUGAAAGGAAUGAACUUCUCGGUGGUUGUAUUUGAUACGGCGCCAACAGGACAUACGCUGCGUUUAAUUGCAUUCCCGCAGGUUGUCGAAAAGGGUUUGGGAAAGCUGUUGCGUCUGAAAAUGAAGCUGGCUCCGCUGUUAUCGCAAUUUGUCUCCAUGCUGGGCAUGGCAGAUGUGAAUGCGGACACACUGUCACAAAAACUAGAUGACAUGUUGCGUGUCAUAACGCAGGUUAAUGAACAAUUCAAAAAUCCGGAUCAAACUACCUUCGUUUGUGUCUGUAUUGCCGAGUUCUUUUCGCUGUAUGAAACGGAACGUCUGGUGCAGGAGCUGACCAAGUGCGGCAUUGAUGUGCACAACAUUGUGGUGAAUCAAUUAUUGUUCUUGGAGAAAUCACACAACUCGUGUAGUAUGUGCGCUUCGCGUUUCAAAAUACAGGAGAAAUACUUGGACCAGAUUGCUGAUUUAUAUGAGGACUUCCAUGUUACCAAGCUACCAUUACUCGAAAAAGAGGUUCGCGGCCCAGAUAGCAUUAAAUCGUUUUCGGAAAACCUAAUGAUACCCUAUAAUCCGAACGAAAAUUCUAACAAGUAAAAUCGGUGAUCCGUUGUAGUUUUAAGUCAUUGAAGAACUUUUUGUGUAUACAUGUGUGUGUGUGAGAAAUAAAAUCCUCUUAUGCCGUCGGGCACCCGUUUUCACUACCACGAAA